AUGAAGAAGGAAACUGAUGUAAAAAAGGGCGAGGAAUCGAAGGUCGGCAAUGGCUAUCGAUUUAUCUUUCUGUCGAAUUUUUCGGUGCUACCCUGGAUUCGAAUCGGCUGUCUUAUCGCGCUCCUCUCGGGCAAUGACAUCAGAAGGACGACGAUGGCAGCUCUGCGGACAAGUACGACGUCGAGGCAGCGGAAGUUCUCGCCAAUGAGGCGCGAGUGAGUAAAUGUUCCUCGUCGAUGAGUGAAAACAGGGUCUCGAGUGGGGAUCCACUUUGUAAUUCGUGUUGUGCUAAUUGUUUUUGCUUGCUCCAUUUCAACGGUAUAGAACAUGGCUGUUGCGGAGGCGGUGCCAAUCUACGAGCGGCUUAUCGCGGCAUUCCCAACCGCUGUAAGCUUCUCUCCGUGUCGACAUGUAGCUUUGGUCGCACCUCAGCGUCUGCGACAUUGUGAUCCGACUGCUCAUUUCGCUUUGCUGUAGGCAAAAUAUUGGAAGCAAUAUGUGGAAGCGCACAUGGCUGUGAACAACGACGAUUCGGUAAAGCAAAUAUUCAGUCGUUGUUUGUUGAACUGCCUUCAUAUUUCUCUCUGGUAAGUUAUUUUCUCUGAAUCUUGCCGUCACACGUUAAUCCCGCAUUGAGGUUGGCACCUGUUAUGGGGCUCUUAGUAUUCCUUUAUCUGCAACCAUAAAUUUUCUGAUUGAAUUCUUUGAAACAACGAGAGUACUAAGGGACUAUGACAUUAAUGUGGAUCAUAUGAGACAAUACAAAGGUGGAAACGCUAGAAGGCCCCUAUUGUUGAUCACUACCUAAGACUGAUGAAUAUGAAGACCGAUUUCUGUUCUGGGUGCUCAAUAUCAUGCAAGCGUCGCCCCAGAAUUAAAAAAAGGAAAAGGAACACUUCAGUGGAUACCAAAAGAUCAUUUUUUGAUUGUAGGUGCUAACGAGGUCGGCAUUCAUAUCAAUGGCCUGUGAGGAACUUAUUCACAAAGUCCCAAGAUGAGUCUAAUAGGAGACAGAUGACGAGGAAGGUCUCAACCCAUUUGAUUUCGAAGUCUCUCUGAAUCCGUUUAUACAUAUUUCUGUCCUUUGGGAGGCGACAAAAUUUGAUCAUUGAAAUUUUUUUCCGGGUCUCUUCCUACUUCAAUUAACAAUGAUCCUUACUGCCGGACAAGCUUUCCCUCUUUAAUCCAAUCUAUUGUCUCGUCCCUCUCAGCUCUUUAGUCGUCCAUCUUUUCUUCAAUCUGUGAAUCAUCAUCUGCUUUAGGCUUGAAGAAAUAACGUUUCAGCAUUAGACACUGUUGAACAAUCUCUUAACCCAACUUACCAAUUCAUAUUAAUUCAUCGUAAUUUCAGUUUUCAGUUUGCGUUAAAUUCUAAAGAUUCACCUUAUUUAUUUUAUGAACUCAACCAUUACUCUCGUUGAAUCCAUCAACAUUUGCCUUCAGUGCGAGGUUUGCUUUAAUAGAAAUUCAUGUUUAUGUGUGUGCUAUAUUUCCUUGAUUUUUUUAUUGAAGAUAAAUAGGAUUUUCUUUCUGACACUUUAUCAUACCCAUGAUCAUGAGUUCUUUGUAGAUUGAUAUUUAUAAUUCUUCUCCUGUAGGCAGUGCUACAUACGCUUUAUAAAGAAAGUGAAUGAAAAAAAGGGUGCUGAGGGCCAGGAGGAAACGAGGAAGGCUUUUGAUUUCAUGGUGAACUAUGUUGGUAUGUGCUAGUACUGUGGUGAUUUUAUGUAUUUCUCAUUCCUAUCUGAUAAGAACCCAGAUCAAAAAAGGGUGCGUGGAGCCUUAUCACUAUCCUUCUGCAAACAUUCUGAUCGUUAUCCACUUUUUCUUAAACCACAGCCGUGUGUGUGUGUGUGUGUGUGUGUGUGUGUGUGUGUGUGUUUUUUGGGGGGGAGGGAGUGGGCUGAGGGGCAGAAUAGAACCUAAUAAACUCACUCAAUUAAUUCUAGGUUGGUAGGCCACGGAGAUCUUCUUCAAAUAUAUUUGGACAAUGAAAAAAUAUUUCAGGCUGUGAAGAGGAGGAAAACGGGAAAAUAGUAAAACUGUGAUCACCCAUACUCCUAUAGGUAGGUUAGCCUAUAACGAUCUAGUCAUGAUAAGAGCUAUUUGCUUGUCUGAUGCUCCUUUAAAUGUCUCGUCUCAAAAGAUAGUAUCUGCUAGCCUUACAUAUCCUUUUCAUUCUGGUGGUUCAAACGAAAUGAAGUAUAUCAGCAAUGAUCUUUAUGCAAGUGGACCAUGUGGAUCUCUGAGUUGAUAAUCACUUUCUCUUUAAAGUUUAUCCCGAAUAUAAAUCAACCUUAGCCCAUUACCCUAGAAUGAAAUACAACACCCACCAUUGUAGUGGGGUCCAAAAUCAACAAGUGGUGGAAAAUGUUCCUUUGGCUUUGCCCUCCUAAAAUAUGGCUAUUUGGGCUGCACCAAGUACUUUCAGUCUUCUUUGCUUCGCUGUACUUACCUUUUUCGAUGAGAUGGGGGGCUUCACUCGUAAAAUGAAAACUCUUAUAUUUGUCAUUUUUGUAACCAUUUUUCUGUUUUUUUGUAAAACUGUCCCAAGAUCGUAUAAUGAAAACUCUGAUGACAAGAUAACCAUGAUGAAAUCUAAAAUUCACCGACAUUUGGACUUGUCUUUCACCUUAUAAAAACCUUCCAUGGGUCCAGUUACGCUAGGCUCUCAAUGUGUUCCAUUUUUGCUAAAAAUUUAUGAUUGUAUAUCCAUCCAUAAUAAUGCAUUCAAUAGUUCACUUUUCCAUAUUUAUUCACUUGGUGACCAGCGAAUCCAAAAUUGUUAUCAGGCACUGACAUUUCAUGCGGACCUGUGUGGAUGGAGUACAUUGGCUUCUUGAAGUCAUUGCCUGUAUGUCUGUUUCUGCUCAACAUUACGUCAUAUUUCUAACCCUUUUAUUGCAGUCUGUAAUGCUUUAUUGUUUUCACAAUAUAUAAUUUUUUUUAUGUAGGCUGUAACUGCUCAAGAAGAAUCACAACGGAUGACUUCUGUGCGGAAAGUAUACCAACGAGCGAUAGUGACCCCUACCCAUCAUGUUGAACAACUCUGGAAGGAUUAUGAAAGCUUUGAGAACUCUGUUAGCCGCCCUCUGGUAACGGAUCACAUUGAAUUUUAAUCUUUAAAUGAGCUUUUAUUUCAGUUAUGAUGUAACAAAUCACAAUGAAUGAUUCUUAUUUCAACAACCAUGUGGUAAAUGAAUCCAGGUUUAUGUCUUCUCCAAUGCUGUCUAUGAUCAGAAUGAUUUCUUUUCAAGAGUUUCUAAAAUCUCAAUUAUGAAUUGCCGUAAAAAAAUAGUUGCCUAUAGUUCCAUCAUGUGCGAUAUUUCUGUUAUUUAUUUAUUUUGCCAUAUUUUUAUCGUCAUGAAAGUGAGCAUUGACAAUCAUUACUGUUUUAUCAUAAUAAUUUAUAGGCCAAAGGCUUGUUAUCAGAAUAUCAGCCGAAGUUCAACAGUGCCAAGGCUGUCUACAGGGAGCGGAAGAAAUAUAUAGAUGAAAUUGAUUGGAAUAUGCUUGCUACUCCACCCACUGGUUCCUAUAAGGCAAGUUUCACAUUUCUUUGAUACCUAAGAUUUUAAAAAAUGUUUUCCCUGUAUGAUUACUUGAUACAUAUAACCUGUACCGUCUUUUUUGGUUUAUGGUGGAAUCUUGAUGGCCUGACUUUCUUAUGUUUUUUUACAUAGUGUUCUCAGCAUUUCUUCCAAUUGCAUAUGGAAUCUUUCUAUCAUUUCUAUCUUGCGUUAAAGUCUGUACUUGGUACUAAAAAACUACUGUUUGCUUGUCCUUCACGGCUAUCUCGUUUAAAAUCCUUUUACAAUUUAGAUAAAUUGUUUUCUAUGCUGCAGACUGGUGGAAGUUGAUUCCUAGGAAACUUGAAAGGGUAAGAACCUGAAAUCUAUAAAACUGGAAAUUCGUGGACGAACUUACCUUGAUAAUUUUCAUUUCCAUUUUUUCUUCUCUUUCCCUUUCCAUUUACUUAUCAAGUUUGGUGUUCAAUUAGUAAAAAACUGUGCUCUGUCCGUUGAUGAAUAUUAAAGUAUAUUUUCGUCGAUGAAUUACAUUUCUUAUUCCAAUGUUCUCCUUCCUUGAUGAUGCUAGGCGAUCUCCAGUUCAUUUCAGUAAUUCACAACAUUUUGUGAGCAUAUAAAAGAUUUGACAGCCAUUGAAGGACGUGUAUCCAUAGAAUAAACGUAGCCCAUAAUAAGACAUCUUAAUCUGGACCCUUUAUUGAUCCUGUAACCCCCUUUUUCCUUUCUCAGUGUUGCUUAUAUUUCUCAUGUGUCUGAUAUUUUUUUCUCGUAGUGAUAAGGGAAAGAAAGUUUAUCUUAUAUUUCUUUGUGCAGGAAGAACAACAGUAUAUGGCAUGGAAACGGUUGUUAGCAUUUGAAAAGUAAGUCGGUUAGUAGAUACAGUGUGAAAGAGGAUAUUUUGCAUUGAGCAUUGGGAACUUUCUAAAUUUAUCUUGGAGGCUCCUAUAUAUAAGCUUAAAGUAAAUGCUGCCUAUUUGUUGCAUUGAUUUGCUGAAUUUCUGAAAGAUAAUAUAACAUGAAAUUUCACAUGGUUAACUUCUAUUGGAACGUAUUCCAUUGAUUUAUUAGAAAUAUGCAAACUUUUGACAGUGUUUUUUUCGUUUUUUUUUUUCAGAGGGAACCCACAGAGAAUUGACAGUGCUUCUUCGAUGAAGCGCAUUACUUUUACUUAUGAGCAGGUUUUUCUUUUUAAUUUAAUAUCCUAUAAUGUUUCCCUCUUAGACAAUAUGUGGGGGUGUGACAGGAUCUGUCUCUUGGUUUUAGCUGUAAUAUUAUUAUAUUAUGUAUGAUCUCACAUUUAUUGUCAAAAGAGAUGGCUGUGAUUUCUUUCAUGUGCAUUCUUAAUUCAUGAGAACGCAAAAAACGCAUAUGUAUAUAAAUGCUGCCCCCUCCCAAAUGCAAAAUUGUAACCAGCCAAUGCAUCCAAGACAGAGACCUUGCAAAAAAAAGAGGAACGAAAGAUCCAUGUCUUUGCUCAAUGUCAUCGAAAUAUGUGGAUACACAGUUUGUUGACGAAAUGGAUGCAUGCAGGAAUUACAAGUGUCUUAGCUUUUUAUUCAAUUCUGUGUUAUAUUCGUUCCUUUGGCAUUUUUUGGAGACGCAUAUGACUUUUUUCUUGUCAAUGAUCAUUACUCUUUAGAUAGCUCACCAGCAUGCUGUUGUGAAAUUUCAGUGCCUUAUGUACCUCUAUCAUUACCCUGAUAUAUGGUAUGAUUAUGCCACAUGGCAUUCGAAAAGUGGCUCUGUUGAUUCCGCUGUCAAGGUGUUUCAGAGGGCUCUGAAGGCACUCCCUGGUAUUUAAUAUAUUAUUCCAUUUUUUUCUUUCAAUACCUUGUGGAUUAGAUUAAAUGAUAUUAGCUACCUUCAGUUUUACGUUUGUCUUUGUUUUCUAUGAAUAAUAAUUGCCGCUUUGUUAAUAGUACCUGUAAAUUUGCUCCUAUCAUUUUCAUUAAUAUGUUUUUUAGUCUUUCAGUAGUAUCAGAUUUAUACUCUCUAUUUUCAGUGUCUCACUUUUCAAUCUGCAAUAAAAUUUCUUCUUAUGCUAUUUCUAGAGUCGGAUUCAUUGAGAUAUGGCUAUGCGGAGUUGGAGGAAUCUCGUGGUGCUGUGCAGGUUUUUAGUGAUUGUUUAUGUUUUACGUCCCUUAACCAUCGUGUGCUACUAUCCCCUUUUGACGGCAUAAAAAUUUAACCUGCAGUCAGCCAAGAAAAUUUAUGAAAAUCUUUUGGCUUCUAAGACUGAUUCGGCAAUGCUAGCCCCAAUUCAAGUAAACUCUGCAUUCGGCCUUUGCACUUAAUGUCCUUCACUCCAUCAAUUUAUCUGGUUUUACCUUGUAAGUUGAUUGUCAUUGCAGUUCAUUCGUUUUUUAAGAAGAACAGAAGGUGUUGAGGCUGCUCGAAAAUAUUUUAUAGAAGUUCGAAAAUCACCCAAUUGCACUUAUCAUGUGUACGUUGCUUAUGCGAUGAUGGAGUUCUGUUUAAACAAAGAUUCUAAGGUUGGUGUAAUGAUUUGUGUGAUCUUUUUCCUUUAUUAUGUACCCAUGUUAUAGGUAUGAAAUUUUGGCAUUCCUAAAAUGCUCAAGAAUAUGGAAAACACUGGAAGAUUUAUUUUAUCAUUCUUUGAGAAGUCAUUGUCCAAGGGCUCUUGUACUUUGUCGCGUACCUUCUAGUAGAGGUGUAUCUUGUUGGGUUGGAAAUUUUAAGGAAAUGUCGUUGAAAGACAUUUUCCACGUCAGUAGGAUGUUAGCUACUGAUUUGAACUGUGUAGAAGUUGAUCAUUGAGAGAUAUUUGCUCCCUCGUUACCGGGCCUUCGAUUUGUCAUUUAACUUGUACAAGUCUAUAAUAGAAUGAUUGAAUUGAUACAGAAAUAAUCUCGCGAACAGGAAUUACGUUUUUGCUAUCUUAUCCCUUUCUGUACUCUGACAUUCAUUUACUAACAGAUUUUGCUAAUUAUAAGUUUUACUCUUGGACUGAGAUGUUAUAGUCCCAAUCGAAUUAGUGUACGCCAUUUUCUUGUGUUUCACUGUUGAACUCUGAGUCUGAUGAAAAAUCUAGCCAGCUAGUGAAAUCCGUCAUUCUUAUUCCACUUAUCAAAGAGAAGUUUCCAUCAGAAGAAAAUGAUAUUUAUGUUGCUAACGAGGUGAACCAUUUGUCGAAUCAUAGGAUAGACCAGAUGCACCUAAGAAAGUCACUAGUUUUGUAGCCUGUGGUGAUCCAAAAUGAAAAAUGUCUGUUUCAUUUUGGUGUUAUUUCUAGGAUUGGCAUUUGUAUUUUCUGUUUGCUUAGUCAUUGGGCCCGGAAAUAAUGCUUAGAAAAUGGUGCAUCAUUAAUGUUCUGUAUUAAAACAUGCAUUGAUAAAGGAGGACGGGUUGUGUGGUAUGCCAUUUUGAACCGUAAAAGACAUUAGUAGUCUGGUGGUCGAUUGGUAAAGUACAGAAUCCAGGGACAACUCUUAUGUAAAACUGGUGAGGAGAAUGUGCACCACUCUGCGAGAAUCUGGAAUUGACUAUGAGAUGGUGACUAUUACCAAUUGGGGACCUAAUGUGGAGUGGAAAUUAUUAUAUUUCAACCAACUUGACUAUUCCUUGCAGGAUAUGGGAAAGAAUUUGGAGGGAAUCAGGUCAGGGAUUUGAAAAAAGGAAACAAUCUGCAACGACCAAUGGUGUCUUGUUGCUAUGGUCAACGAUGGAGGCAGCUGAGGGGCUAAAAUGACAUGAGAAGUUUGCUUCCCUGUUUUUCUUCACUUCUUCCAAAUCUUUUGUAUAUAAUGUUAAUUGCUCUCAGGCUAGUCACGACCCGUGUUUAAAUUAAUUUAAGCUAUCAGGUCAGAAGUAUAACAUUGAUUGGAGACGAAUUUACCGUCCGGAAAUUAGCGAUUCUUUUCAAAACCUGUUACUUGGCUCAUGAUUCCGAAAUUUUUCUAGUUUUCUGAACCGAUUUGAGGCUUCCUGAAGCUUUUUCAUGAGGGGUAGGAGUUUACUUUGUCUAAUGGUCUUCUGGGGCGAACUUCGCGGAUCAAACUUUUGCUCGGGCUCUUCACACAAUAUGCAUUAUAUGUGAAUUCAAUAGCAUGAUUUUAAGGAUAUGUUUACUUGCAUUACGCAAUCAAAUUUUGUUGAAAGUUUGUGAUGUUAAGAACCAAUAUACUUGCUAUUCAAUCUCUAAAUCAAUUAUCAUGAAGCAUUCUGGGCCGUCCAUUAAGUAAUGGCUUUGUAUUUUUGCAGGUUGCAAAUAAUGUUUUCGAGAUUGGGUUAAAGAAAUUUAUGCAUGAGCCGAGAUAUAUUCUGGAGUAUUGAUCUUCCUCCAGUCUUUCUAUUAAUUAGCAGUGUCCAUUCACAGCUCAACCUAUUAAGUAAACCUUUUCCAUUUAUUACAAUUUUAUUUAAGGACAUUACUAUGGAUGUUCUAACUUAUAUUCACAGAUAUGCAGAUUUCUUGUGCCGUCUAAAUGAUGACAGAAACGUGCGUGCUUUAUUUGAAAGAGCUCUGAGCUCUCUUUCUCCAGAAGAAUCUGCAGAGGUAUGCCUGAUCGGGCCCCAUUAUCUGUUCGGUCCCUUAUUCUAUUUCUUCUCAUGGUGAUUGAACAUGUGAGCAUGGUUAUGUCUGUAAGAAAAACUGUUAAGCUUUACUUUAUGUUGAUUUCCUUGUUAUGUAAUUCACUUCUCAUGACUGUGUCAAAUAGUUCCUCUGCUUCAGAUUUACGACUAAAACUGAUUCUUAAAAAAAUUGUUCAUAUUACAUGAAUCGUAGUUAUAGCAUCGAUGCUUCUAACUCAUUCCUUCUUGAAUUUCAAUUUUUAGAUGAAAGCUGAUGUAAUACGAUUGUGAAUCUUUUCUCUUCCUUAGUAGUAGUUUUUUAAUCCACAUAUUUUUGAGGUGCAGUCUUUUUAUUGUAUCAUUUUCAGCCCUCUCAAGAGUAAAUUUUUAUUCCUGUUUUGGGAGAGAAUACAUAUUCUUGUAAUUGUAUUUCCUACUAUUCCCUAUGAGUUAUUAUGGUUGUUUUCUUGAUUUUUUCACUGACAAUAUCUCCGGGUUUUUCUUUGCCUGUAUUGAAUCUUAAUUUUCUAAUGAUGAAUUAUCUGUGACAGUUUAAUGCGGGUACUCUGGCCUUUCAUCUCCUUAUCCAAAUCUAGAAUGCCUUUUUGCUGUAAUUUACGAUUCAUAUUUCUAUGUAGGUUUGGAAACGGUUUCUUCAAUUUGAACAAGCAUAUGGAGAUUUGGCAAGCAUCCUGAAGGUAUGGUUUCCUAAUGAUUCGACAUUUAACUUUAUUAUUGUUUUAAUUGACUAUUGAACCUAAUUUGUUUAGCCUAUAUUUGAUGACGCCACUCCAGUUUUCUGAAAUAUGCAAGCUGAUUCGAUUCUUUUUCCUGCAAUAUUAUCUGGAAAGAUUGUGAAGAUGCUAAUGUUAUGUUUAAGAAUAUUAUCCUUAUUUCUUUUUUCUCUUUAUGGUUUUGUCAAAAAAAAUUCUUUUUGAGAGUAAAAUAUUGCUCAGCAAGAGGAUGAUAAUUAUAAUGUAUCAUGGUUCAUGGGAUGAGAAAGGAUGGAUGAUAUAGAAGGCUGCCUUGGUUAUACACAUGGUAUGCAUUUGACCAGAUAUAUGUUUGAUGUCGAGUUCUGGAGUGUGUAGAAGCUAAACUAUCGCAAUUACUAACUGCACUCUAAAUUUUCUUGCUAUUAGAAAGGGUGACUCUUAAAUUUAUUUGUAAAGAGAGGAAAUUUUCUGAGUUCCGUUUUGGAUUAUAAAAUGCCCCUAAAGUACUUUCUGUACUAGACUUUCUUCCUCCAUUCUCUCAAAUUUUUAGGUCUAAAAAACCGAGGCACUGCGUUGGAUUUUAAAGUUCUUUCACCAUCUUGAAUCCUUCAAAAUUCUUACCUGAGCUUUAAUCUAAUGUGGAAUUUCGUAAUCAUGGAAAUCGAAACUUGGAUUUUUAUCGUCUUUUUAAUGUUCUAACUUCUUAAAGCUAAUGGUUUUGUAAUCUUUUAAUUGACUAUGGAGGUUCCUUUCUGUAAUUAUUCGAUAGCUGUAUAGCCUUAUGAUAUCUUUAGGAGCAUUUGAGGCAGUUGAUUAAUGAAGGGGUGAGUUCAAACCUCUCAAAUGUGAAUGUUUCUGGUUGUGCUCAUAAAUCUGUCUUUUGUAGUUCUUCUUUGUUGUAUUGCCAAGAUGGGCUUGCUUGACAUAAACACCCAAGAGACAAAUGCACUUAGGUUCGUCAACAGUGCGUGCUACAUUUAAAUACGUUACAUUUUUUCUAAUUAGUAAUGACGUAUCUCUUUUUGGUACAUUUGUCAGGAAUUUUAUGGUGGUGAGAUUGUUAUUAAUCCCAUGAUCUCAAAGCUCAUUUGAUUUUCAAAUUUGAAUGUCCAACUGCGGAGAUUUUUGUUUUCUGGUUGAGAGAAUCCAAAUGAUUGAUCAAUUAUUCCUUCAUUCGUUUCCUUACCUAGUUAUUUUCUUCCCACCUGUUCCUUAAUUUGCUUAUCCAAAAGUCAGCCACGAUAUUUCAAAAACCAAACUAGGCUAAAUGGAGCACUGGUUUUUAAGGUAUAGGUUUUGUCCUUUUUCCCCCCCAUUUUCAUCUAGAUUUUAAAAACUUGAGCAAUACGAAAUCGGUACCAAUUACCUAACUAUUCGAUUUCUAUUCUAGCUUCAAAGCAUUGUUUUCUCGCAUUGUGUCCCCCGGACAUUAUAACCUUUACAUAGUUUAAAAUUUUAUGUCAAGUUCAUCUGCAGUAAUAAAAUGUGCUCUAUGUUCCUAGGAAAGUUUUUGCUGUCUUUUGUUCUGCUUAAAGAUGGUCAUGACAUUGGGAUUGGCUAUUAGCUUAGAACCUUUUGGAUUAUCUGAACUCUUGAUAUCAAAGACAACUGAGUUCACUUUUUGCGGUUUUUUUUCUCUUGAGAAUGAAUGUAGGCAAUGUUUCUUAUAGACUGUUUCCCUGAGCUUCUUUCAUCUUUUUUUUUUUUUCUGCGAAUGAUAUAUAUGAAAUAUAUCACUUGACACGGAUCAACUAUUGGUUGCCAAAAUGGAAUGACCAUUGACAGUAUUCCCGAGAUUUGUGGACAGCUUUUGUGCAUGAAAGAGUUAUUUGUUUGUAUAUUCUGAGGACCACUGCUUGUCCUUGUCUUUAUUUCUUGAUUCAGGUUGAGAAGAGAAAAAAAGAAGCCCUUGUUGGGACAACUGAAGAGGGUUCAUCUGCGUUGGAUGCUUCUUUGUAUGACGUGAUAUCACGUUAUAGUUAUAUGGAUCUCUGGCCUUGCUCAUCCAAGGAUUUAGAUCAUUUGUCCCGACAAGAGGUACUAUAUCGUUGAUCAGGUCUUUACUUCCCUUGAAUCAGUUAGAAAAUGCUUUGCCUGGAAUAUGUUUGUGAUUGAUUGAUCUCUUAUAAUUAGAUUCUGGCUAAAAUCUUCAUGCAACUAAUGUUUUAGAUUUCGUGAUAUUCAUAUGUUGGAUCUGUUUAUUUCUUUUGCUUUUCAGCUGAAUGUAAGUGAUCUUGCGAGUUGAUUUGUCAGUAAAAAACAAAAAUCGACACUAUAUGCCUAGUUAAAUAUGCAUCUCGUAAUAAGAAUAAUAUAAAGCAUUUUCAAGGUUAAGUAAUUUGUCCUUAUGAUGAUAGGUUUGACUUUCCAUGAUUCUAUUUUGAAAUGUGUGACUAUGGGCACGACUUACAUCAUUUUGGUACUAAGCCUUUUGUACGUUUCAAUGUCAGUGGAUUGAAAGAAAUGGUGAUAAGAAGGCAGAGAAGUCAUCUCUGGCACAAGGAACUGGUUCCGUAGGUAACAUUAUCUAGUUCACCCUCUCUUGCGCUUCAUUUUUUUUUUUUUUGCCCCCUGUAAGAUUUAUAAUUUUUCUUCCAAAAUAAAGGUGCUGCUGGACUUCCAGAUUCGAAGCUGUCUGCCGCGUCGUCAACCAAAAUUGUCUACCCGGAUACCUCUCGGAUGGUCAUUUACGAUCCCAUGCAAGCGCAAGGUAAAGACUUUACCCAGUAAGGUCCAGCGGUUAUAUAUUCUUUAGCUCAUUUUAUAUGGCACUGAACUUCAUUUCUUUCUAAACUUUGAAAAGGAAAACCCCUUUUUUUCUUGAGAUCAGCAGAGCCUUUUUCUUCCCUUUGUUGAUUCCAGGGGUGCGUAUAUCAUCAAACUGUUGUUUCUAAUUACCCGAUGGUAGUCAGAUAUAGUAGCAGCUGUUUUCAAUUGUUUUGCCCUUUCGGUGUACAAGAUCAGAUCAUCACAUCGCAUUGAACGCCGUGAAACUCUCGGAAUACUGAGUAAUGAGAAUUAAUUCUCCUAGAACAUAUGAAAAAAGCCUCUCAAAUUUGAUGCCUUCGGAUUUGUCCAUGCCGUCUUCUUAUCAUUCAUGUUCGUAGAUGGAGCAUAUUAGCCUUUGUCCCUUCAACGAGCUAUCCUUCCUUCCUUUUAUACUUGUAUGAAGGCAUAGAUGGCGCAAGGUUACUGUAUGGUGAGUUUCUGUAAGAUUCUUUGGUAGACAGGUCAUAUUUAUGUUUGAAAAAUAAAUUUAAUUUAUUUAUCAAAUGUUCAUGGAGCAGACUGAAGGCUCAAAAUCUGACAAUCUCUGCAGAUUCGGCGUUUCUUCCGAGCGUCAAUGUGAAAGAGCUUCCAGCAGUUUCCGGUGCUGUUUCUUCUAGCAUUGCUUCAGUCAGCAGUGGUGCAAGGAAGACUCUGGAAGAGAUCAUGAAAACGAUUCCAUCAACUCUGGCCACAUUCAUAUCGCAACUACCCGUUGUGGAAGGUAUUGCCCACUUAUUUCUUGCGCUUUUUUGAGAAAAUGCUUCCAUGGUUUCUGGGCAUAAAUGGUGACGUUGACCUUAAUCCCCUGUUUCUGGCUCAUUGUUUCUCUCUCCCCAUGACAGUGAUCAGAUUUAGUUAUUUCACAACUGCUUCAGGACCUGUCUUUUAUGCGAAGCUAUGCUACUAUGUGACUGUAGGUAGUUGACCGGCUUGAUAGUCAAACCCCUUGGUAGAGUUGCAAGAGUCAACCCUUGUAAAGGUUGCCCCCCCCCCCCCCCGCUAAUGACUGACCCUCUGGUUUCCCUGCCUAAUCUGGGCUCUCAUUCCACCUGUGAAAAGGCGGUCAUCCCAUCAAAGGGGGGAUCUUGGCUGCUCUUAGUAGGAAGGACCUUGGUUUUUUUAUAAAUAAUUACGCCGAUUUGGUUCUCAGAAUGUUCAUUGCAUUUGCUUUUUUCUUCCUUUUUUUUUUUACUGAAAGUCCAUUUUUUUACCUUUUUGGGAAACUUUACGAGUUACACUAACUUGUCUGUAAUUAAACUAAAAGCUUGCCCACGAUGCGCUCGCCCAGAUAUCAUUCUUGGAUGAAGAAACUUGCCCAUUUAUUGCAUGAUAUUUUCUUCACCGCAUGCAGUAGUUGGGCUCUGACUUUCUCUGUAACCCGCAGGCCCCUCCCCAAAUGUGGACGUCGUGCUGUCCAUCCUGCUGCAGGGAAACAUCCCGUCUACUCAUCCCAGUAAACCAGCCUCGUCGUCGCAGCCAUUUCAGCGCGGAGCAGCUGGUCCUAGUACGAGCGAUCUCUCUGGCUCCAGCAAGACUCACCCCACUGCCAGCGCCUCAUCACUCAGGCUGCGCAGAGAAGGACCACCCGGAAAGAGGAAAGAACCCGAUAGUAAGCCCCCCCCCCCCCCCCCCCCCCUCUCUCUCUCUCUCUCUCUCGCACCUCCCGUAUUGAAUGAAAUUAUACCAUAAACCCCUGCGACCAAGCGAUUGAAUGAAAUUUUUUGUGGGUAGUUUCAUGGGGAGUUGCUCUGAUUUCUGCGGCUUUUGUGAUUACAAGUUCCCUGGGCAAAACCCUAAAUCUCCUGCAUUCCGAGUCUCUGCAGGGCAAGACGAUGACGACACCAAGACGGUGCAGAGCCGCCCUCUUCCUCAGGACAUGUUCAGAAUCCGGCAGAUCCAGAGAGCCCGGGGUGUCACUUCUUCUCAGACCGGAUCGGUCUCCGCCGGCAGCGCCUUCUCCGGCGAUCUAUCCGGCAGCACCGGGUAG